AUGGUUUGGCUCGGAGCAUGUAGUGAAGGAUUAACAGCCCUCGCCGUUUUGGAUGAAGGAACAGUGAAUCAUCACACAGACAUCAAAAAAGUCCUUCCAAUUGCUCGCAAAUGUGGGAAACAGAUGUUGGGCGAUCAUUGGACAUUUCAACAAGAUGGCGCAACACCUCAUAAAGAUCAUCACAGUCAAGAAUGGCGUCAGGAAAACUUUCCGUCGUUCAUACCAACUGACCGAUGGCCUCCGAAUUCACCUGAUUUAAAUCCCUUAGAUUACAGCAUUUGGAAUGAACUUGUUCAAACUAUGAAUUGGGGUCAUGUGACAACAAAAGCCAGCUUAAUUGAAGAAUUAAAGCGAGCCACGAAGAAAAUACCAAAAGAAACUGUUUUACGAAGUUGUGAUGAUUUCUACAGACACUUGUAUCAAGUGUUAAAAAAUAAAGAAGAUUAUAUACGUUGA